CCUCAGUUCUGGAUCGAAGAAAGCGGUAGUCGAGACGACUGCCGCAAAAAAGUCAAAGGUGAUUCUUCCGUCUGCCGCCCCGCUUCACAAAGCCCCGGGCUCAAAGUCCCAUAAGAGGGCCCAAGACGAGGUCGGCUUUGUGCUAGUCCCCGAUUCGCUCAAGCGCCAGAAAGGCCAAGAUAAAGGGAAAUCAGUUGAGGCUCCUCGCUCUCCUGGUGCUAUCGAGACGGUGACCCUUGAGAGGCUUUCCCGACUCUGGGAUCAUCCCCAUCCUCACGAAAUCGCCAAAUACCUUGAUUCUGUCAUUCCUGCCACCGACAAAGCUCGUGUCGACCGCGACCCUUACGACCGUUCUUGCCGUGCUCUCCUGUGCUUCUCUCGAGUGAGUGUUCUCGACUUUUCCCUUAGUGUAUUUUUCUUAUCCUCGUUUUUGUCUCGUCUUUCUCUUACUGAUUUUUCUGGACUUUCCUUUCAGUUCAUGGCGUAUGUAAUGCCCACUCUUCUCGAGGAGUCUAGCUCGCCUAACUCCAAUAUUCAUGCUUAUAAGAAGAAGUGCGCGGAACAGCUCCAUGAACUCGAUCGAGGUGGACAAGUUGCUGCGAGCAGGGCACGUCAAAGAAAUCCAAUUUCCCGAGUGGAUAUCCAACACCGUGAUUGCGAAUUACUGAGUAUGAUGGAUGCAUCCCAAGGAUACCACCAGAUUCCGUUAUGCCCAAAGGAUCAAAGUAAGGUGAGUUUCGUGACGAAUAAAGGGACGUACUGCUAUGUCGUCAUGCCCUUUGAGCUUAAGAAUGCUGGAGCAACCUACCAACGGCUGAUGGACCGAAUGUUCAAAUCUCAGAUCGGGCGAAAUAUCGAGGUAUAUAUGGAUGAUAUUUG